CCAAACGCGAGGUUUUUCCGUUUUCUUCCGGGCCAAGUUGAACCUGUCCAGCCCCCGUAGGCCGUGGGUCAAAAGUGCCGGUCAAAAUGGAAGUGAAUCCCCCUAAACAGGAGCACCUGCUGGCGCUGAAAGGAGAGACAAUCUUGCAAUAAUAAAUUAACAUUCUAGCUCUGAGGAGUUCAGCUAAGAAAUUUUCUCAUCACUAAGAGUAAUUGGAUUACUGCAGAAUGACUACAGAAGUAAUAUUACAUUAUCGACCAUAUGAGAGUGAUCCCACACAACUGCCAAAAAUUGCAGAAAAGGCAAUUCAAGACUUUCCUGUUCGUCCGCUAUCAAGAUUUAUACCUUGGUUUCCAUAUGAUGGGUCCAAGCUUCCACUCAGACCUAAAAGAUCACCACCUGUGAUUUCUGGAGAGGCAGCUGAAGAUGUGAAACAGUACUUGACCAUUUCAGAACAUAAUGCUAAAUCACACAGUUAUGAUUGCACAGUAGAUCUACUGGAGUUUCAACCUUAUUUGAAACAGCAGCGUUUAAUCUGGUCACAAACACUGAAGAAACAGACUAAUUCUGGAAAUCUGGAUAAACAAUCAGAAAAGGGAAAACAGUACAACAGGAGAUCUUGGAGUAUUUCCCUUCCCGGCAAUAAUUGUACCGAAAAGGUUUAUCCUUUGUCUAAAAAAUUGCAAGACAGUUUAAAGGCACUAAAUUUACACUCACUUUAUAGAGCAAGAUGGACAAUAGAAGACACUAUUUGUAACAGCCAAACUCUGGAAGACAUUUGGACAAAACUCAAUCAAAUUAUUAGACACAAUGAACUUCCAUCUUGUAAUGCUACAAUUCAGAGACAUCUAGGCCAAAUAUGGAUAUUCUGUGAUAUUAUGUAUUGUGAAUAUGUGGGAAGUCUUCUUAAAGGAAGAUUAGCUCUUACUGGAAAAAUUAAUUUAUCUGUGCAUAAAUAUGGUGUUAUUUUUAGUAUGUAAUGAACUCCACUGAUUGUCAACAAGGAAGAAUAUUCCGAAUGAAGUGAAUAUGGAUAGAAAUAGAUGAAAUAAAUUUUACAGGCUUUUGAAAAUUUUUAAUGACUUUUAGAAUUUCUAAGUUUGUCAAUUAAGUCAAUAACUGUCUGAGUUCUACUUAUUAGCAGCCUUCUUUUAAAUAUGAUAAAUUAUUGUUUACACUGAAUUUGAAGGUAAAAAUGUUCUGUUCCUUUUGUUUUGUUACAAACUGUGAUUGAAUUAGUCUUAUGAAUUAAGUUGUAUAGUUUGGAUUCUGGUGAAUCUCUAAGAUCUAAUUUUACUGUAUUUUUCUUUACUCACCUCAAAUGUAAUUAAAAAAAAAAACUAAAAACAAUUCUCUUUGGAAUGCUAUUUAUGUGGCAUGAAUGUAGUUCAGAUUGGGAGACCAGCCUAGAUUCAUAAUAAUGUUUCCAAAGAUAUGUAAUAACAAUUGAUGGGUUGUUUUCAAACAAAGAUACAAAAUGUAUACUUCACCUAAUACUAUAAUGUUUCUUUAAGGCUAUAACCUGUUUUGAAGGAAAGUAUCAAAUGUUGAAUAAGGGUCAAGUUAUUGUCUAUUUCUUCUAAUACAGAUAAUUCAAUAUUAAUGAUAGUGCUAAUUAUUACUUGACUGAUUAUUGGAGUCAUUUUAGGUUCCCCAUAAGCAUAAUCUUAUAAUUGGAUUUACAUAUCACCUCAUAAAAAUACUCAAAGGGAUUAAAACAAUAAAAGUGUUAUGCAAACAUAUAAGCUUGUAUUUGUUUAACAUAUUUAAAUGCCUACCUUGCACUAGGUGUUAGGAUAUACCAAGGAAGGAGACAGACAUGGACCCUGCCCUCUUGCAGCUUAGGUGUCAUUACUACUGUUAAACACACCAGCUCCCUAAGAAAAAUAAGACAGCACUUACUAGGUAUAUAGACAUGUUUACCUUGAAGCACAGUGCCUAUCAUGGUAGGAGCUUGAUAAUGCAUGGUAAAUGUGCCCUUUAUAGCCUGAGAUGGCUGAGGUUGCUUAAAAGUCCACUUUUUUUUUUCUUUACAGCUUUUAUUUUAGGUACAGAUUUGUCAUAUGUACCUAAAAUAAAAGUUGGAAAGAAAAAUUUACAGAGGUUAAAUUGUGUGCCACAGGGGUUUGGUGUACAAAUAGUUUUGUCACCCAGGUAAUAAGGAUAAUACCCAAUAGGUAUGUUUUUAGUACUCACCCUCCUGCCACAGUCCACCAUCAAAUAGGUCUCAGUGUCUAUUGUUUUUCUUCUUUGUGCCCAUGUAUGCUUAUUGUUUAUCUUCCACUUAUAAGUGAGAAUAUGUGGUAUUUGAUUUUCUGUUCCUGUGUAAAUUGGCUUAGGAUAAAGGCCUCCAGUUCCAUCCGUGUUGCUGCAAAGGCCAUAAUCUGAAAUUAUGAAGAAAACAGUUGCUUUUCAUACCAAAUUGGGAUCAUUUUAUUUUUAAUGGAGGAUUGUUUUUUACUUCCCCCCCCAUCUCAUCCCCUGCUAAACCACAGGAAUCAUGAAAAAUUAAGCUUUACAAGACUUUUGUUUGUAAUGGAAAUUUGAACGUAUGAUAGGCAAAAAUGGUGGCUAAACGUUUGGGUGAACUCAAGGACGGUAAAAAAAAAAAAAGAGUGUCUUAGGAUUCCCUUGAGACUCUAUUUUCUCUUUAUUGAGAUUUGAUUUCUAAUGAAAAAAAUAAUGGGAAAGAAAUAGAAAACACCAGUUGGUACUAAAAGUGAACUUACCAGCCUAGGCAACAUGGUAAAUCCCCAUCUGUACAAAAACCACAAAAAUUAACCAGGCAUUGUAGCAUGGGACAGUAUUCCCAGCCUCUUGGUGGGCAGGGAUAGGGGGUGGGUCUGAGGCAGGAGGAUCACUUGAGCUCAGGGUGUGAAGGCUGCAGUCAGCCAUGAUCAUACUCCAACCUGAGUAACAAAGUGAGACCGUGUCUCAAAAAAAAUUUUUUUAAGUUAUUUUAGAUGUUUAAAUUGGGAGAAACUGCUUCUUCUGUAUCACUUUCAGGGCACCUUUUAAUCUGUUUUCAUAGUUAAAAAUGAAAGUGAAGGUUGGAAACACCUUCCCAUAUUCAUCUGUAGUUGGUUAAUACUCUGGAAUAGAGUCCUACUUUGAAUUCCCAUGGGAUAUUUCUGGUAAGGCUUGAGAGUCCAGGUAUAUGACUCCAGACUUAUAAUUGAUAAUUACUGUAGAGAAUUAUUUUUGAACAGUGAAAUCACCAGGGUUCAAAUCUAGAUUCUCCUACUUAUCUACUAAUAUAAUUCUUUUGUAUGCAAUUUGCCCUCUGCUGGCAUUGUCAGUGCCCUAUCUGUAUAUUGGGGUUAAUGUAGUACCAACUUAAGAGAGUACUCAUGAGAAUUAAAUGUGUUCAUCUUGUGAAAUAUUUAGCAUAAUGCCUGGUGCUAGUAAAUGCUAGCCAUACAAAGUAACUUCUGAAAUUUUAAGGGUAGCAUUUGUUGACUAUUUCAAAAGCCAGCUGCUUAAUAUAGCAAGGUUGUUAUUGCCCUCAGUUUCUAAAACUUACACUUUCAAAAUGAUGCCAGUUACUUAGGGACUUUCAUGAAGUGCUAAUUAUUUUAUUCAGGGAAGAUCUGAAUAGCAGAACCUACACCAGAUAAGAAUGCUACAAAACUGAACUUAGUACAUAAGAGCCUAGACCUCGUGGAGUUUGGAAAGGAGUGCUAUAAACAAAUAUAGUACGUGAUAAAUACAAGGUACCAUGAGAGAAACAGAAUGACCCGUUACUUUGUUUCUGAAAAGAUGACAUUUAAGCUGAAACCAGAAUGAAAAAGCCACUCAAUUUGAUAUGAACACCAUAGUUGGUGAAUUAGUGGUUGGUGGUACAUUUUUAUAUAUGCUAGUGAAUACUACUUAUAUUCUGAAUUGAAUGUGUAGGUCUAUAGUCUUUCUAGUAUUUUGGCUGUGAUUUGAAUGAAUACUUUUGAUAAUGAACUAGCCCUCUGUGAUUCAUUUUCUGAAAAGUUUUACAUUUUUAAAUUUUAUGUUUUUUAAAAUUUUGAUGUGGUCAAAUGGCAGUCUUUCAAAGUAAUCGAAAAAGAUUUUUAAAAAAUUAUAGAGCAUUCUACCCUCAUUAGACUAC